AACGAAGAAGAUUCAUCCGGAAACACUUGGCCGUUGUUAUGGUAAAACAACACAGCUGUUGAGAAGUAUUUUCACAUUUUCGUUGAAAGAAGCAGUCUUUUGAUAAUAAAACUGGAGUCAAUGCAAUGAAAACAUAAAAGUGAUCAAUGUUUUGGAAUCGACAGCUACUGUUACAAAGACUGUGAGAAGCCAACGAUCUGUUAAAGGCUUUUUUAGCCAGUUAGCAAUCAGCUAACAGGCUAAGCUGUUUAUCACCAACAACAAUAAAAGGUAACAUUUUGAUGAACGUUCUCCAGCCACUCUUUGGUCAGAGGUCUUUUGAAAAUGGACGUCAGCAUUGCCGUGUCGCUGAUUCGAGGCCAGAUGCGUGCCGUGGUUGAGCGAGCAGUGAACGGAGCGGUGGAGACGGUGUUGGCUGAGAUGCUAAAAGUGGUGGGAGUCAAAUUUGAGGAGCUGAAAGGCCAUGUGGCGCUGAUGCAGAGGGACGUUGCGUCAUUACAAAGGGAAAAAACCCAAAAAGAGAAAGAGAAUGAAAACAUCCGAGCCAAGCUGCGCUAUACCGAGCUAAAGCUAAAAUACUACAGGCAAGGAGUGGAGGAGGAGCUGGAGCAACGAGUUUCUGCCUCCACUCUGGGCCGCAUUCACCCGUCCAUGUACCUUCAAGCACAGAGAGGUGGGGCGGGGGUUUCCUCCACUGAGAUUUCUCCAUCAUGCUCAAUAACGAACCCUGAGGGACCACUGUCAACAAGCAAUCAAGAAUGCAGCUCCCCACACAGCACAAGCAGGCGUGCAAUCGGAGCGCUUUGUCAUUCAGAUGUGGGAGAUCUGAGCUCUGACACGUCUGACCUGCUGCUGCCAGUCUCACUCUCUUUGAACACUCCUACAGAAUCUAGUCAGGACAGCAGCACAGUGUUCUUUCCUGUAGAGCGACACGUAGCUCACAGCCAGGAUCAGGAGAACGACUGUAAGUGGACCGUCACUCUGCAGCCACACUCAGAGGGAGGGGACGCUCACCUGGAUCCUCCUCCUGUCCAGGCUCUGGAGCAGCAGUCAGCCGCUGGCUCACCGUCCCCUCAUGUUUCCACCCAGGCCGAUAGCUCCACUCUGCACUCCUCUGCUUCACAAGUGAAGCAGGAGGAGGAGGAGGAGGAGAUCUGCAUAAAGGAGGAGCCAGAGGAAGAGCAGGAUGUGAUGGCCGACCUUCUGCUGGACUGCCAGCUGCAGCAGGGUCCUCUUCCAGAGUCAGAGACUCAAAGGUCAGGGCUUCCAGAAAGUCAGAGAAAUAACUCUGCAGCCUACAGCGCAGCAGGACCAUGCACUGAUCUGAUGCCUCAGCCUUUGAGCUCCCUGCAGUCCAUGGGUUAUUCACCAUCAGGUCUCCCACAUCGCCAGGCGGUGCGGCCAUGGACUAAAGACCUCAGUCUUUAUGAAGAUUUCAAGCUGCGCAGGAAUGAGCUCCGCAAGCGAAGCAUCAGCAGACGCAGAGAGCUGGAGAAGACGCUGCCUCAGCCGAUGCUUGCAGACCUGGUUAGUUGA